UGAGGUACCCGCCUUUCGAACUCAAAUGCUAUGUCGUUUCUUAAAUCCUAUUGUGGACUCUCCUUAAUGAUGUUGGUUGUAUGUAGAAACAAUAACUUAAAUUUGGAACGAAUAUUUCAGAGUAUUUUUUCUUCUCGAGAUGCAAUUUAAUCGUAGUUAAAAUAUUUUUUGGGCAUCAUUAUGUCUCAAGUAACGAGGGUUCUGGGCUGCAGUCCGUUGACUGCACGCUAUGUAUAUUCCAACAUUUCUUUUAGUCCCAAUUCUAUGUUUGAACAAAGCCUACGUUGGAAACGAAAACCGAUAUGGCUUCCUACUGCAAAAAGCAAAGUAUUUAGAGUACCUCCGAGGCCAGUUAUACCUGACGAAGAAGCUCUGGAAAUGAAGCGUCUUUUUAACCAAUACAGAACAGCUGUCAAAUCUGUGAGGAGAUAUAUGAUGAAAAUAACAGAAGAAAGCAAAGUGAAGCUAGAUCCACUAAUAAUAGAAAAGGCAAAGGAAGAAGAUUUUCUCUCUUGUUCAACUAUAAAUGACGAAUGGAAUCAGAACAUUUCCGUGCAGAGAGAAGCUCGUUUAACAAAAGAACGAUUAGAGAGAAAAGAAAGGAUAUUGUAUAACGUUGAGAGAAAGAAGAGAAUAGAGGAGAUCAUAAUGAAGAGGGCAGCAGAAAAUAUAAAGAAGGCUCAGGAACUGAUUCCAAACCUCAUAACCAGCAGCAACAUCGAUGAAGCAAUAGAGGAAGCCCUGAGGAACGUCGUUGACCACAAUUUUGCUAUUGAUUUUAAUGGCAACAGGUACACUGGUGAUAACAAUGAUUUGAGUGAAUAUCAUUUGAGCGACCAGAAGAAAGUUGAAGCAUCUCAAUGAAUUAUUUUAAAAAAUUGUACAUAACACAGUCUCUUAAACAGCAAAGGAGGAUAAAUAAAUCACUCUAUCCUUCAGUAUCAGA